AUGAAGUUGGCAUGCUUGUAUUGUGGAAAGUCAUUUGCUAGUGGUGGGAUCAAUCGCUUCAAACAAUAUCUUGCAGAAGUAAAAGGAGAAGUAGAACCAUGUCAUAAGGUGCCGGCGGAUAUUUGCCAUCAAAUGAUACAAAAUAUUCAAGCUAUUAGUGAGAAGAAGAAAAGAACAAAGGAAAUGGGUGAAGAUUACAAUCCCUUUAGUGCAAGGCAUAAGAAACAUGAGGAACAAGUAUAUUAUAGGCAAUUAGGUGAAGAUGAUGACAUACAAGAAAUUCCUUCCUCAUCAAACAAGUCUAUGGGUAAUACAAGAAGUAAAAAUAUAGAAGGUGGAAAAGGAAAACAACUAGGAACAAUUGGAAAUUAUUUCAUGCCAAGAACAACUCCUGGUGCUCAAUCAACUAUAAAAAGCUUGUUGCAAAACAAAGAAGCAGUUGAAAGGUGUGAUCUUGCAGUGGCAAAAUGGAUGAUAGAUGCAUGUGUGCCAUUUAAUGCUGUCAACUCUAAGUAUUAUCAGUGCAUGAUAGAUGCCAUAGCUAGUAUGGGGCCUGGUUACAAAGCUCCAAAUUUUCAUUCUGUUCGUGGUUAUUUGUUAACCAAGAAUGUUGAUGAGGUAAAAAAGUAUGUUGAAAGCUUUCGUGCCACAUGGAAGAAAACAGGAUGCACAAUCAUGGCUGAUGGAUGGACAGAUCAAUGUAGGAGAACUUUGAUUAAUUUUUUAGUUUAUUGUCCUAGAGGGAUCGUAUUUUUGAAAAGCGUGGAUGCUUCAGAUACCUCAAAGAUAGCUGAUAUGUUGUACAAGUUGUUCAAAGAAAUUGUCAUAUCCGUUGGUUUUGAAAAUAUGGUUCAUGUAGUGACUGAUAAUGCUGCAAACUAUGUUGUUGUCGGUAAAAAGUUGGAGCAAGACUUUCCUACACUUUUUUGA